AUGCAACAGUCAUCGGAAUGUGAUGUUGCCAGGAAACAGAGUGCAUCGGACUUACAGAGUAGGCUAAAAACUCGAAAGUUGCUCGGUGUUGGCGAGCUUGUUGGCGACAAUGGUGAUAUUUAUCGUUCGAAGAUCUCACAGUUGCUUGGAAUAAAUGAAUCUCUUUAUGUGAAAUUACCGAAAGGAUUAUUAUUGUUUAACUCUCUGAUAACCCUUUAUAUAUAUGUAGCAGGGGUUCUGUGCUUUUUAAUUCCCUCGGUGGGUUCGAAAUUGGAGUUCGGCACUUACACAGGAGAGUAUUCCGGUGUAAGGUUUUAUGGUGCAGCUUUGGCGGCUUUUGGGAUCCUGUUUCGAUCGUUACUGACACACUUGGAUACGAGGAGUGAAAUAGCAACUUUUCUUUCAUCAUGUUCAAUACUCUUCUUGUUGCAGAUAAUUGGUUGGAACCUGUUUGGAAGUUCGGCUUGUGCAUCACCAGCUGAAGAGAAAGAUAAGAAAGCAUAA